AUGGCAUCCAAGAUAACUUGGAUGUCUGAUGAUCCUAUUUGGUUUGAUCAGUGGCCCCUUACUCAGGAGAAGAUUAUAGCAGCUCAUACACUGAUUAAUGAGCAGAUGAUGGCAGGGCACCUAGAGCACUCUAGUACCCCAUGGAAUACCCCGAUUUUUGUAGUUAAAAUGUCAGGAAAAUGGAGAUUGCUCCAAGACUUGCAGGCAGUCAAUUGCACCGUGGAACCUAUGGGAGCACUACAACCAGGAUUGCCCAAUCCUGUAGCUAUUCCUUUACAGUUUUCUCUUAUGGUGAUUGAUUUAAAGGACUGUUUUUAUUAUUUUUUUUCUGCUCCUCUCCACCCUCAAGAUGAAAAACGUUUUACUUUUAGUUUACCCUCUAUUAAUAAUCAGGCCCCUAUGUGCCACUUCCAAUGGUGUUGUCUGCCACAGAGAAUGGCAAAUAGUCCAACCCUGUGCCAAGAGUCUGUGGCUGUAGCCGUUUUGUCAGUAGGACAGGCCUAUCCCUCUGCAUACCUUAUCCAUUACACGGAUGACAUUCUUCUAGCUCCUGAAUCCCCAUCCACCUUACAUCAAAUGUUUAUCCAAUUAGAUGAUGCUCUUCACCAUGCAGGUUUAGUGGUAGCCCCUGAAAAUGUGCAAACUAUGGCACCUUUGUCAUAUUUGGGUCGCCUUAUCCCACAGAGACAUAUUGUGUCCCAAACAGUUCAGAUCCAAGUUCAUCAUCUUACAACACUAAAUGAUUUCCAGGCUUUACUUGGUAAUAUUAAUUGCCUCCGCCCAGAUCUUAAGCUAACUAUUCAUGAUUUAAAUCCUUUAUUUGACAUUCUCAAGGGAGACCCGGCCCCUACUUCUCAAAGAAUACUUACACCAGAGGCUUAA